UCAUCCACACUUCUUUCUAUUUUUUGUGCAAGGUUUAAGAGCUUAUUCUGCUAAUAAGCAUGAAAGAAGGCGAAACUACCUUAAGUAAUUCUGACGAAAUAUAUUGGAGAUUUUUAGUUCAAAAUUGCACUGGCAAGAGUAUUAAGAUAAAGAAUUAAAAAAGAAAGAAAUAAAAAAUUGCACCGGGAGAUUCGAAGUUCACUCACCGGAAUCUGAGCUGCACUCCCAAAAGCAAGCAACAAUUGAGGAAUCGAACAAACCAACAAACAACCUACGAUCUGAAGAUCCUCUUUCCAUUUUUUCAGUGUUGUCAAAAUCUUCUCCGCCUGUAAUUUCCACUCAUUUCUCGGACUCUCUCUCUCUUCAAUUUUACCAUUUCUCUGAUCCCUUUAAUCCAUUUUUGUAUUGGCAAUUUUUUCCCCGCAUAUUUCGAGAAGAAAGGGACAGAGAGUAUGAAGGAGGAGACGGGGAAAGUGGCAGUAGCGGUGGCGGUGAUAGGGGCUGCCGCGGCGGUGGGAGUGGCUGCAUAUAUUGUUAGGCAGCGGAUGAAGAGCUCCGGGGAGUGGGCGAGGGCUAUGGCGAUUGUUAAGGAAUUUGAAGAGAAGUGUGGGACUCCAGAGGUGAAGCUUAAGCAGGUGGCCGAUGCCAUGACUGUGGAGAUGCACGCCGGAUUGGCAUCGGAGGGCGGGAGCAAGGUCAAGAUGCUCAUUAGUUAUGUAGAUAACCUCCCUACUGGUGACGAGGAAGGAGUUUUUUACGCAUUGGAUCUUGGUGGAACAAAUUUUCGUGUGUUGCGAGUACAAUUGGGAGGUAAAGAAGUUGGUAUUGUUCAUCAGGAAUUUGCCGAGGCGUCCAUACCUCCAGCUCUGAUGAGUCAUUCUUCAGAUGCGCUUUUUGAUUAUAUAGCGGAAAAACUUGCAAAUUUUGUUGAUGAAGAGGAACAAAGGUUUCAGCAACCUCCGGGUAGGCAGAGGGAACUAGGCUUCACUUUCUCGUUUCCUGUGAUGCAAACUUCAAUAAAUUCUGGUACUCUUAUCAGGUGGACGAAGGGCUUCUCUAUUGAUGAUGCGGUAGGCCAAGAUGUGGUGGCUGAACUGACAAAAGCCUUACAAAGAAAAGGUGUUGAAAUGCAGGUAGCAGCUCUGGUGAAUGAUACAAUUGGAACAUUGGCCGGAGGCAGAUACUCCAAUAAGGAUGUUUCUGUUGCUGUGAUAUUGGGUACUGGAACCAAUGCAGCAUAUGUAGAGCGUGCUCAAGCAAUUCCAAAGUGGCAUGGUCCGCUGCCUAGAUCUGGAGAUAUGGUUAUCAAUAUGGAAUGGGGUAACUUCAGGUCGUCCCAUCUUCCAUUGACGGAGUUCGACCAUGCAUUGGAUGUCGAAAGUUUAAAUCCUGGCGAACAGAUAUUUGAGAAGAUAACUUCUGGCAUGUACUUGGGAGAAAUUUUACGCAGAGUUCUACUUAAGAUGGCUGAAGAAGCUGCUUUCUUUGGGGAUGAGGUCCCACCCAAACUCAAAAUUCCUUUCAUAUUGAGGACGCCGGAAAUGUCUGCAAUGCAUCAUGACAUGUCCUCUGAUCUUAGGGUGGUGGCCAACAAACUGAAGGAUAUAGUAGAGAUAUCUAAUACCUCCCUGAAAACAAGGAGAGUUGUCGUUGAUCUCUGCAACAUUGUUGCCACCCGCGGGGCCAGACUUGCAGCUGCCGGGGUUCUGGGCAUCCUAAAGAAAAUGGGACGAGAUACUUUGAGGGAAGGUGGGCCCCAGAGGACUGUCAUAGCCAUGGACGGUGGACUGUAUGAGCACUACACUGAAUACAGGACGUGCUUAGAGAACACAUUGAGGGAGUUGCUUGGGGAGGAAACUGCAUCAAGCAUUGUAGUCGAGCACUCCAAUGAUGGUUCGGGCAUUGGGGCUGCUCUUCUUGCAGCUUCUCACUCCUUGUACCUUGAAGAGAAUUCGUAAGUAAAUCACAACCUUUUCCCGAGAAAACUUCAUCCUGAAGCUACUUUGCGUAAAUGUAACUUCAAAUUUUGCCAUUGCUUAGGAUGUAUUUUCUGUUUUCUUAAGACAUUUCUGGCCAUUAUUUUUAUCCUCGCAUUUCAUAGUUUUUUCUGGCCAUUAUUUUUAUCCUCGCAUUUCAUAGUUUAGGAAUCAAAUAUUUAUGUUUUAUGGGAAACAGUAUAUACAGAAUUAGAUGUAAUUGGAGGAGCUGGAAGUAGCCUAUGCUUUUCCAAUGAGCGCUGCGCGCUAUUAAUUCAAGAAUUUUUAGUUGUUUUUUUCAA